GCCCAUCCCCGUUAACCCCCGGUCGCCCCCCGCUGCCGCCGCCGGUACCGGGCGGAUGGAGCUGAGCUGCGGAGUGGGGGGCAGCGCGGCCGCACCCCCGGGGCCCGGCCCCCCGCCCGCGGCUGCCGCCGUUCCGCCGGUGCCUCCGAUGGAGGGCGAGGAGUACGAGAGCCUGCCCAGCGGCGCCUCGCUCGGCACUCACAUGGUAGCCGGGGCGGUGGCGGGCAUCAUGGAGCACACGGUCAUGUACCCGGUGGACUCGGUCAAGACCAGGAUGCAGAGCUUGCAGCCGGACCCCAAAGCUCAGUACAGGGGCGUGUACGAAGCGCUGAAGAAGAUUGUCCUGACGGAGGGUUUCUGGAGGCCUUUACGUGGGAUCAACGUCACCAUGCUGGGGGCUGGCCCUGCCCAUGCCAUGUACUUUGCCUGCUAUGAAAAGAUGAAAAAGUCUCUAAGUGACACUUUCCAGCAUGGAGGAAACAGCCACUUGGCCAAUGGUAUAGCUGGGAGCGUGGCCACGCUACUCCACGACGCAGUGAUGAAUCCUGCUGAAGUGGUGAAGCAGCGGAUGCAGAUGUUCAACUCCCCUUACAAGUCCGUCCUGGCGUGCAUAAGGACAGUGCAGAAGACGGAAGGGUUUGGUGCCUUCUACCGCAGCUACACCACGCAGCUCACCAUGAACGUGCCCUUCCAGGCCAUUCACUUCAUCACCUACGAGUUCAUGCAGGAGCAGAUCAACCCGCACAGGGAGUACAACCCGCGCUCCCACAUCGUCUCCGGGGCCGUCGCGGGGGCCGUGGCCGCCGCCGCCACCACUCCCCUGGAUGUGUGCAAGACCCUGCUCAACACCCAGGAGAACAUGGCCUUGAGCUCUGUGAACAUCAGCGGGCACCUCACGGGCAUGGUGAAUGCCUUCAAGACUGUCUAUCAGCUGGGUGGUGUCUCGGGGUGUUUCAGGGGGGUGCAGGCACGUGUCAUUUACCAGAUGCCCUCCACAGCCAUUGCCUGGUCCGUGUACGAGUUCUUCAAGUACUUUCUCACAAAGCACAAGCUGGAGAAGAGAGCAUCCUAGUGAAGGACUCCCAGGGUGAAUGCAAGCCCCCGUGUCCCCUCUGUGUGUAUGUGUGUGUGUGUGUGUGUGUGUACCUGCAAGCCAGCCAGCUCUGGGUCUCUGCUAAGGGAAGUACCAGCUUCGUGGUGGAUUCACAGCUGAUGCCCACUUCUCCCUUCCUCAGGGAUUCAAGUGCUCCUCAGCCACGUGUUCCCCUCCUUGCUCCAUGAAAAGAUUUAUAAAGACUCGUCAUAAUAAUAUAUAUAUUUAAUAACUUUAUUUUGGAGAAGUGAAAUUGCUGACUGAUAUUUUUCUCUCUGAAUAAGUGGAAGAUGCAGUUUACUCCUCACCGCAAAGCUUGGGUCGUAGAACCCAGCCUGGGGUGGGGGCUUUUUUUACAGCAAAGAAGCAAAAUAUCCUGUCACAGAGCUUACUUUUUUAUAUGAAUAUGAAAUAGAUGGAUAAUGUUUAUCCUUUAUUUUUCUAUAGAGGCGUUUGGGUUGGGUUUGUAACUACUCCUACAGCUGGAUGCUGUUUAAAAAGGGCUCGAUUCUUCCAUCCUGUGUGAGGAAGACACAAAAGCAUUUAUUUUUAUAGCCAGAUUGGCUUUAAUUCUCCAGCAUUGAACCCCCAAAUGGUGGCCUGGGUUCUUGUGGGGGUGCCAAGGUACUUGGUACCCCCUGAGACUCAUUGGGAUGGGGAAGGAGAAGGGGCACCACCAAGGAAGGACAUCCUAAAACACAUUGUGGGAGAAAGGGGAAACAAUUCCAUUGUAUUUUACAAGGAGAAGACUUAAAAAAUGUGGAUUUUAAUCAGAAAAGUCCUUUUUUUUUGCAGCUACUUUUUUAAAGGUACAUUCUGGUGGCGUGUGGUGGCUGUGCAGCCUCAUCCUCCCUUAACUUAUUCAUCCUUUCCCUCCAAGGCCCCUAUCCCACUCGCAGGAGCGACCGUGUGCAUCCCCAUAGCUGGGAGUGGGGUGCAUGGAGCUGCUCUGCUCCCUAAGGGGGGACCCGGGGCUUCUGUUUACAGGUUGACUGCAGAGUCACAAGGGUCACAUCCUGGCAGCACCAAACCAGCAGCAGGCAGGGAAAUCCAUAGGGAAUUCUGCCCUACAGAACCGGAGGCACCUCCCAGCCCCAGGUUUGACAAUAAGCUGCUGCUCAUCUCUGUUGGGAGGAGAGAAAACAUCAGAAAGGCAACCUAGAGAGGUUCCUCGUGCUCUGGGUUUGCUGCUGUGGGAUGCUGAGCUUUGCAGUGGCUAGCAAAGCUGUGCCUGCUCCUACUGGGAAUGGGAUUUCCAACCCAAAAUGCAGCCUUUAACCAGUUACUUGGGUGAUCAGGAGCCAGUGAGGGAUUUCAGGGCCUGAAUGUGUAAACCUAAGUGACAGGACACCAGCGGGCACAUCUCCAUCCUCCCUGGAAGCGAUGGCUCAAGCUGGCACCAUCUCCAUGGUGCAGCUUGUGGAGAUGCGGCUUCAGCUUGCUGUCAGCACUGGGUGGGAUGUCUCUAGGGGAGCUGCAAUGUGAUGGGCAGCUCUCGGGCUGGCACAUGUCACUGGAGGUGUCCCAUCCACCAGGCACCUUGGGUGGGAUGGCACUAAACAGACCUAAACCUCUUGCUGUGCUACUUGGAGAAAGUAAAUCAAAGCGCACCUCUGCGGGUGGUGUUGCAUGUGCCUUGUGUAAAUUAGCCUUGUGCCAUUGCUGAUGGUGAAAUGAGCUGCUUGAUGCCUUUAUUUUUUGUGUCACUUAAACUGAAUGAAUCACUGUGUCAAAUGCACCCUGUGUCUUAAAGUGCACAAAUGGUGAGCUUGAGGCCACUGGUGGUGGUGGUGCAGCUGGAGAAAGCUCUCAGCUAUCUCUGGUGUGCAGGGGCCGGAGGUCUCUGAGCUGUCUCUUAGCCUUGGAUGUCUUUUUCUGUUGAGAAACUGGAGUUAUCACUAACAGGAAGCAGAACUGCACCAAAUAUUUCAUUUUAAGAUGGGCAGAAACACUUUGAGAUGAACGUUUUUGGGUCACUUUAAUAUUAAGGGGCAAACUGUAGCAUCAUGUGGAAGGUGACAGCUUCCAGUGUGGCUUCAGUAGGAGUCCCACUGGGUGAGCGGUCCCCAGUGCAUCAUCCUCUUGCUCUGGCUGCUUAGCUUUAAUACUUCUGACAUCAUCUUGGCUAUUCUGGGUCAACCUCAUCUCCUAUUUGGAGUAACCUGUGAGUAGCUGGGAUGUGAAGGCUGGAUUUGCCCAGGGAUGGAGCCUGUGGACAUGAAGUGACAGGGAGGGUGGUCCUGGCUGCGCAUCCUCCUUGGAGAGGGAUGCAGCAUCCCAUCUGAUAGUUGCAGAGGUCUCUUCUGUGUUUGGAAUGCUUCCUGCUGUAUGUGAUGCUGGAUCCCCAGUGAAAGCCCCUUCACCAAAGCCCCUCCUCAUCCCUUCUGGGUUUGCCUUUGCGAGUGAAGUUUCACUUUAACCUGGUCUGUGAACCAUGUUCUGCUGCUUUGUCUGCAACAAACGCACAUGUUAUUUAAGAGGGAGGAUGAGGAUCUUUGUCUGCAGUUCUUAAUUUUACAGAUAUAUAUAUAUAUAUUUUUGCCUGCCUUGGAAUUUAAUGUGUUUCCUUUAAAUGUAUAUUUAACAGUGCAGGAGUCCCUUUGUGAGAUGCUGCUACAGUUGUACCACUGGAGCUCAAGGAAAUAAAACCUUCUCAUUCUUUUUGGCCUUUGA